UGUUAAAAAUAUUUAGUCAACGCUGCUGUGAUCAAAAUUGACAGUUUUAUUAAAAAUAGAUUAGAUGCAAUAGAAUAAUUUUUUGGACCGUAAAGUGCAAAAUUUACAUAUGAUCUGUGUCAAAAGAAUGCCGUGGAGCAAUGUUCGCAUAUUUGUGAAGCUCGCUUCCCAGCGAUGCCAGCUCCUAAGUGUGGGCUCCAUCCAAGAGGCGUCUGCAGGACACCGAUCGGGCUCCUUCGAAUCGGAUGCUCUGGCGAGUACUUCGAAUGCCAGGCACAUGGAGUGCCUGUUCGCCACGUGGCUGAGGGACAAUAACUCGGUCAAUGGAACCUGGCAGAAUUUCUUCAAGGGAAUGGUAGAGCAACAAAUAGACUCGCAACCGCCUCUGAACCAAGAAGCAACAAGAGAUAUUCUUCCCUCGAUAGGAACCACAUCGCCAACAGAUGCAGCGAUUGGGGCUCCAGUUCUGGGAAGGAGAAAAGCAAUCUCUUCUUCGGCACUGCAGAGUCCUUUGGACACUUCGGAAGCGGACUUCAACAGUUGCGUGGCUCAGUCUCAAAAGGAGGAUAUUGGAGUGCUUUCACACUCAACGAAUAUCAGAACUUGUGGCAUAUACGACAAACCGGAACUGCCCACAUUGCCCAAAGAACGCAUCCUGAAAGGCUGUUCAAUGGACGGAUCAAAUACAUGCAGUAAAGCUCAUACAUCGAUUUUAAUGGGGAAUGAAAUGGCACACAACAUUUCCAAAAACUUGAACAGAAAAAUGUCGCGAAAAAAUACUCCAGAGAAGCCAGAAAACCCACAUAAGCAUGAAGAAAUCUUGACGGGUUCCAGAAGAACCGGAAACUCACGCAACAACUUUCAAAAGAAAUACGGCUCAUUCGAAAUUUUUAUGAAAUUUUGGAAACACGCACACGCCUUGGAUAAGUAUAAGCGGCAUAUUGGUCCAGUAAUGGUUGUGAAGAAGCGUUCAAAAACCAAUUCAAAGCCAAUUAACGUCAUGUACUUCAAAAAUUAUUUCGAAAAGGGACUACGCCUAAGGAAGGAAAGAUUAAAUAAAAGCAAAACCAAUAAGGAAAUCCAAUUGCCUUCAAAAUGUCCUAAGGAGCCCGGAGCUAAAGAAACCAUUGAAACUUCCAGUAUACCACAAUCACACCCAGAAACAAAGCAAAGCACACAUGUUCCAAGACACAAAAGCGAUACAUAUGAGACCCUUGAGGAACUGAUCAACGAUAUUGAUGACAUCGCCUUAAAUGAGCAGUUGUCUGAAUCUAUUGAGCCAGAGAAACCCAAGAAAGGCAGUACAACACCGAAGCUGUUAGAAAACACUCCCAAAAAGAUGCCAAAGAAUUUCAAAACGGCACUGAGGGUAUUUAAGCCCGAAGAAAAGGUUAUCCCAAAAUCGGAUAAUAAUAUCAAGCCCAAUCCCGUUUCCAAGUCCGACAAGACCAAAUUAAGUAAGCCGAAAACUGAAAAAUACAUUCCUUUGAGGGUUUUCAAUACACCAAAAGCAGACGAAGACAAGUCGUGGAUAUAUUGGGAUGAGUUAGCAGUUAAAAGCCUACGAAAACCAACUCAAGAUUAGCAC